AACGACCGCCGGGCCCGUACGCCGCCGACGCCGAAAGCGCAGAAGACAUUCUGUUGAAGGCGGAGAACGAAAGGAUGUUCUUCCAUGCACCACGGCAUGUAGCGAAGUCCCGAGGAGACUUUCCCGGCAAUAUGCUUCGUGAUUUCUUUAAUGGAGCCAAUGCCUACCGGGACAGCCAGGUUGAAUGGUUCCUUCGCAAGCCUGACUGGACAAAGAUCCGGCUGCAGCCGUUCGAGAAGAACCUGUACGAGGAACACCCGGCCACGACAAGCCGGUCGAUGGCCAAAGUGCACGCCUACAGAAAUGUCAACGGUAUAUCGGUGAGCGGGAAGAACAUUCCAAAGCCCAUCCUUGCUCUGGAAGAGUCUAACUUCCCGGACUUCAUCGUCAAGAGCAUCUUGCCCUCACGCUACCACUCUUUGCCCACGUGCAUCGAGGCACACUGCUGGCCCAUUGCACUCAGGUGCAGAAACUUUCUGGGUAUCGCGGAGACAGGAUCACACAAGACGCUCGCCUACCUCCUGCCGGCAGUAAUCCACGUCAGUAGGCAGCCGCCCCUGCAACAGGGAGAUGGACCCAUCGCCGUCGUGCUGGCUCCGACACGAGAGCUGGCCAAGCAGAUUCAUAACGUAGCCUUAGAAUUCGGUGAACACGCCGCAUUGCGCAGUGUCUGCGCAUCGAGCGGGGAGCCCAAGGAAGGUCAGUACGACGAGCUGAAGAAGGGCUGCCACAUCUGCGUGACCACGCCUAGGCGCCUCAUUGACUUCCUCGAGGAAGGCACGGUGAAUCUGCGCCGCUGCACGUACCUUGUGCUGGACGAGGUAGACCGCAUGCUGGCAAUGGGUUUCAAGCACCAUGUCCUCAAGGUUGCCGAGCUCUGCCGUCCGGACCACCAGACGAUAAUGUGGGUCACAUCCUGGCAAAACGAGCUCAGACCUCUUGUCGAGGACCUGCUCUACGACUACAUCGAAAUAGAGUUCGGGAUGGCGCAGCUACCCGCUGAAAAGAGCGUCGAGAUGACUGUCGACCUUUGCCAGGAAGAAGAGAAGGAAGCGAAGCUAGCCCAGCUCUUCGAUGACGUGCUCAAGGAGAAGUCAAAUAAAGCCGUUGUUUUUACCCACACGAAGAGGAAGGCAGACGAGCUUGCGUGGAAACUUCGGCUCCGUGGCUGGUCUGCCCUUGGCCUUCACGGCAUGAAGACGAAAAAAGAGCGUGACUGGAUCCUUUCCAUGUUCCGGUCUGGUACGUCAAGCGUGCUCGUGACGACGGACAAGGUCGUCCAGGACAUGCUCCUCGAGAACGUGUGCUUGGUGGUGAACUACGACUGCCCGGACUGCUCGGAGCUCUACGCGCGCAGGUCGCGCCACGUCGCGCGCUCAGGCGAACCAGGCCUGGUUCACACGUUCAUCAUUCCGACCCAGCAGCCGUAUGCCGCAGAACUGAUAGAAAUUCUGCAGGAGGCCAAGCAGCCCGUUAAAUCUGAGCUGUACGAUAUGGCAAAGAGAUCGUUCUAAAAUAUGACGCGUUUGACACCGGCGGUCGGCGGGGUGCCCGGGGUGACGGCGGCCCUAGGAAGGGACUCGGUGUCCUGAAGAACCCUCUUAAAAUUUCCGCCUCUGCAGAACUGAUGGAAGAAUCAGCCGUCUAUUCAUUUAACUUGAUGCCAAUUAAAACUUAUAUUUUAUCAGUUUGUAAUUUGUUAACAAUGAAUGAUUGGGCAAGAAAUGAAAUAAAAUUUUAAUUUACCAUCAA